AUGCUGAGAGCAUUUUACGUCUUUUUCAGCCAAUUUCUGACUUUCGGGAGCCUUUACGUAAGCGCACUUCAGAUAUAAACUGGUUAAGAGUGUGGCUUCACAUAACUAUUUUUGGCUUUUCCCGGUCUGGUCUACGAAGAGUGCGUAUAUAUACCUUAUUUGUGCCAUGCAUAAAACGUCGUAACAGACAGAAGUGCGCACAACAGUAUAAGAUGGACGCCACCGAAAGCAGUAUAAACCGAACUGAUCAGUACCGACUUUCUUGGCCUUAUGAACUGCCCUCACACCGAAGCCAAACGUCGAACAAAAAAGUGUUAAUUCGAUUUCAGCUGGUCACGCAGAGCUUGAGUUCAACUCUUACCAUUUAGUCAUUGAGACGUCCCAAAUUCACAUUAGCGUGACCCUUCAUGGGGCAAAGUGAUGUGGACUUACAAUUGAAUGGCAAAUCUUAACAGACACGGAUUUCAGUUCCAGAUGGAAGGACCUAAGGUCAGUGAAUCUCGUAGAUGAAGAGCCAAACUUUAUCCUUUAAACUCACUGUGGGACAUACGCGUUUGCAUCUAAAACUGGCGUUUCUUCGACUAGCAGUGGCUAAAAUUCUCGCCUUUACGCCUGAUUUGACAUUAGCCUUGUGAGAUGUUGUUCGCACACCUGCGACUAACGCCAGUCUACAUGAAGCAUGGACUUGGGUCAUCUAGCGUGUCUUCAAGCAUGCACAUUUUCGUCAGGGCAAAGAAUUGCGAACUAUUCCUAGGAAUCUAUUCAAUUCUCAAAGCCAACGCCACUUGAAAAAAAAACAAUGCUAAACCUGGGGUUCAUAUUUCACUGGUUAUCAGUCCUUGCGUAAAGUUUACCCAUUUUUUGUAAACCGGCCAGAAAGACGAUUGAAUUUCAAUGUCUUUUCUAAGAAACAGCGUUAAUUAAAGCCACUCUUUUGAGGAAAUUUACUGUCUAUUUUAAAAAACUUAGAUUUGAGGGACUUGGAGGCGUUUUUUCGUGAAUUGAUGUAGAUUUUCUCUCCUCAGGCCCAGUAUUCCCGCUCAUUUUCCCCUAAUUAUUGGAUAAACUUAUGCGCACCAGAAUUGACAACGUGGCAAAACCAAAAUUCUCUGUAAUUUAGAUAAUAAUUUGCAAAAUUAAGAAACAUCAGACGACCAGUGAUAAUUCAUUGUGUGCAGACAUUCAUCAGAGGCUUGAAAUUAAAUUACCACUUGGUCGAAACAAUAGUUCCUACAGAGAUUAAAUCAUUAUAAUGCUUUCCGGCAGUCGCAUAAUGGCUGUUUUCAAACACUUGGCUUCGUAUAUGCAUUAGGCAUUGAUCGUAGGUCGCUGGCUGCCUUGAGUAUCCUCAUUAGCGUUAGGCUCAAAGCCUAACUGGACUCGCAGGUAUUUCAUCUCAUUCGUCAGCCAGUUAUACACGACUCGCAGUGCAGGUGGUGAGGAAGAAAUUUUCGGUACGACUUCUGUCACAAGCGAUCACUUUCAUCGGACCAGAGGCGUCGGCUCUUUAGCCAAACUGGAGCCAACGGGAGUUUUCAGCAUAGCGUUAAAUUUUCUGUUUAGUGGGAAGGGUUCAGAUUAGCUCGCUAAGAGUGCAACAGGCCAGACGCAGACAGCUGUUUCACGGUCGUUACCGAUCAUCAGUACGUCAUAGGCCUUAUGAAGUGAGGUAUAUAAGCAUGUCAAGUGGACGUUUGACCCUCACUGUUGUGGUUAGGAUCUCACUCGAUCCCAUUCUGUUCAAUUGACAUGCUUAUAUACCUCACUUCAUAAGGCCUAUGACGUACUGAUGAUCGGUAACGACCGUGAAACAGCUGUCUGCGUCUGGCCUGUUGCACUCUUAGCGAGCUGCUCAUGUAUUAUAUGUGGUAUGUGUCCUCUGACACAGCGUUCGUUGUCGCCAGUAGCAAGCUGGCGGGCGGACAGAAUGGGAUCGAGUGAGAUCCUAACCACAACAGUGAGGGUCAAACGUCCACUUGACAGGGUUCAGAUUCCACGCAAGUUUUCAGGUUGUCCAAACAGAAAAACAUGUUGACAGUGCGUUGCAAAUUAACUGAAGAAAUUAGAAAACAUUACAGAACUUACCUGAUCCAGGUAUCCACCAGAGUGCUUAAGGAUCUGGAUAACCAAAAGUGAGGGAACGUGUUUACUUCCUUCAACUAUUUGUCUGAAAUGGCAUCGCGCCCUCGAUCUUUUCGAUUCUAAUAGGUUCGACAGAUCUGCAGGAAAGUCCCAUAUGAGUGUAAAUUUUGACAGAAUGGUCGACUUUGUCAGAAGAAAUCCAAAAAAGGAUCCCUAACUUGCGCAACUUUUUAAUAUUAAAAAACAAAAAAUGCUCGAGGAUCUUAUAUUGGAAAUAGGCAAAUUUACAAUGGGUUUUAUUCUUCGGUUUGCAAACGGCGCAGAGCAAUACAGCGCGGGGUGCUGUUCACAAUGGUCAUCUGAGAGAGGAAAGCGAAAUUUUAAUGAAUAUUUAAGCAUGCAUUAAGGAUUUUCAAAAAAAACUUUCUGUGAGAACUGCUGCAUUUAAUUUGCCUUUUUUAUCCACAGAAAAACCACCCUUAUUAAGAUUUCAGCCAAUUUUUAGCUAGUCCUUAAUCGCUCACCACUGGGAGAAAGCGCUAGCACUUGACCUGGUUAAUCAGUUUUUGGUGAAUUGCCUCAGCCUGCCCGAACUAGACAAUUUAGACAGCACUCGCUUUGAGCUGGCGGCACAGAUGUUCAACCAAACGUUCGCCCACAGUUGUCCAACUACAGUCUUGAACCCCAUAACACGCACAAUUAUAAGUUUUUACACGGAGAUUAAACUACCUGCCUAACAAGCAGGAUUAUUAGACGAGAGAUAGCGCAAAAUCAAUAGUUGUCACAUAUUCGUAAGACGGCAGUCUUGUAUACCCCGAAGUUGUGACCUUCUUGCUCUACAGUCAUCUGCUAUUCACGUGCUUAUGUUCCAACUGUUUACGUACACUGGUCGGCCGGUUGGAUAAACAUAAAGAAAGCCGAAAUUUUGCCUAUAUUCCUGUGCCUUUCUGUACACUGAUGCACGCGUUUUAAAAGAGACUGGCAUAGACCGCUGGCUUUAGGCGUAUGCUUUUCCCUUCGGUGACACCAAGUCAAUAUAAACCCAAACAUUGAAUGAAGAACGAAACGGUCUCAGUUAUUAAUUCACGUAAGUGCUUCGUCAGCUCCUUCUCCAACAUAAAUCCUUGAAAGAUUUGACACUGUACUGAGGCAACCCCGUAAUAGUAUUACUGUUAUAAAGCAUUGUGGGGGAAAAUAUAACCAGAAUAAAAUGCCAGAAUCACAUUUCCAGUGACUACGUCCUAGAAAUGUCAUAUUGUGCUGAUGAAAAACAUGUAUUAGUUACAUGAGACUCAAAAGAAAAUAAACAAGUUGAUCAGGGCUGUUCGAAUAUUCGUGGUGCAAAAACGUCAGUGGCGGGCAAACAUAAAAGGAAAUACCGUAGAUAAUAUGCACCCCGCGUUGACUACCGGCAUCUAUCAAGGACAACUUACCGAUUCAAAAAUAAUCACCAUCGUUGAAUGAGCGCCUUCAUGUUUACUUUAACUUACUGAUCUAGAUUUAUUUUGUGCAAGGGUAGUUUAACCCAUUAACACUUCUUCCUAAGUUCUCGUGUCAUCACAAGUGGUCUUACUGGUGGCUUCGGUUAACCAUAUGAGAAAUAUCAGAAAACGCUCAAGGCACUACAUUGGUAUUUCCGAAAUGUGACAAAUUAAAUACGUGUUAGUUACUGAAUUUCAGUAGCAUGUAUGAAAUAAAUUGCACGCCUGCCUCUUAUACCAAAUACCAUCAUUUAGCAAUGGGAUGAUUUGAUGUUGCCUUCUACAGUGCUGAGCAGCACUUAUUCUAUGUUCUCGCACUUGCUACAAAGUGCAGCGAUUUUUAUUUGUUGUACAGUAGACAAAAACUUCAAAACCUGAAAGAAGGAUUAAGGAAAAAUUUCAGAAUACUCAUUACUAUUUCAAAUAUUAAGUCGUUCUAUGGGCCAGCCUGCACUUAUCCGGCGACAAAGGAGAGUGCAAAGGAAAUUAGUUUUAACUGGUCACAGGAGGGAGAAUGCUGUCCGUUUUUGUCCGUAUUCCGACUGACAAGCAGUCUAAAUCGAUAAUCACCACUCUCACAUGACGUCCCAUAUUCUCUAUAAAAGUUAUCAGCACCCGAGCUAAAUCAGUUUAGGUGUGUGAAAAUAUUGACGGAGACUCGAAAAUACGCCGCAAAAUUGUUUUUAUUUUCUCGGCCUCUGUCCGUAAUUAUAUAUUUUGGUAAAGCCUGGCUUUCCGAGUGUUUGCCUUAAGCCAUUGAGAUCUUUGCGGACUUCUGAACAAGGUUUUUAUCGGGACGUCCAUGUCGACAGGAGGUCUUGCAUUCGAAGCGCAAUGUAAAAAACAGUGAAAUAAUGCAUGCACUAAAAAUAAUACUCUUUUCCUCUGAUAGGUGAAACUUUACCAAGCUCUUAUCAACGUAAAUGGACAUUUCACAAGCUAGUCGGACUUUAUUUCAUAUGGCGUUUCACGUUUAUUAAUUUCAAUUUUAUGUUUCGUUUUGUCCUUGCUAUUAGCUUUUAUUGGCAUGCGUAUUCUCAGAUGCGCAGUUAGGUCAGUACGUUAAUUUUCGCAUUGUUCCUUCUGUUGGGGUUGAACGUUUUCUCCACCGAAAUUUUCUCUUUUUCCAAAUGUCUCUGUUGGUAUUUGUUGAAAAUGUCUGUUAUCGUUGUAUUACCAGUUUGUCUGCAGCAAGCAAUGUCUUCGAGAUUUUUCUAGCCCAUUCUAACAGUUAACAGUGCAGUUCUUAAAGCUGUUUCUCCAGUCGACUGGAGUACUAAGGACACCUACGGUUUUAUGUUGUCAAACUCACAGGAUCCAAGCUAAGGGGUCACCUUCAUAUCUACUUGAAAAUAUUAAUGCCAGCGCAGUUCUUGUCAUGCGAGUCUUUCGUACAUUCUAGUGUGAGUUGAAAUCGACGGAUGGAAUUUUCAUAAUCAACGCUACAGUGGAGGUGAAGGUGAUAGGUAUUAGGCCAGAAUCGGACAAUCGGAUUCCUCUGAGCACUCGGCAAGGACGGUUGUUUCGGAAAGUGGACACGAUCACUUAGCAAUUUACGAAGGUCCCAUAAGAGAGCACAGAUUCCAUAGUUGUCGAAAAACAUUAAGUUUGCGCAUCUGUAAUCCGGACGCAUUGGGGGGCCAAGUCAGGACUUGCGCUCUGGCGUUUUGAAGGUCGUCAUCGUUGAGACUCUUCACGGUGGACUUAAACCGCCAUGCGUUGCGGCUUUCUACGUUACAGCGGACUUUUUGAGUUGACGACUAGAAACUCGUACCUUUGGUAGCACUGAGAACAGUGCAUGCCAGAGUGUGAAUAUUCCGCAAUCUGGCUUUUUGAAUAUGCAUCAGCGGAAUUAACUAUGCCUUAUCAAAAAUCUUGAAAUUUAGAACUCUGAAAAAAGGCAGAACUUUUUGAAAGUCGAUGAUCAUUGACGGACAAGGAAAUACUGGCAAAGCUACCAGUCACCCUAAUUUACGUUCUCUUUCGACAACUGAGUUUAUGUCGUAGUGUUGAUCUAAUCGCACGAAGUACAGAAUGCAUUUUCUGAAGUGAGGAGCAUAGCCACUUUAUCAACGAAUUUACAUUCUGUCUCUACUUGCUCAUUGCUGAAGUGCGCAUACACUCGCAUAAGUGGGACGGAGAUCGAAAAACGGAGUUCAACUAACAGUAUCAGUAUUUUUAAUAGCUAUGUCGUCCUGUUAGACCUGUGUAGCCAACGUAAGCCUAAAAUGUAAAACAGCGAAUUUUCGACUUUCCGGGACCAGCCACAUAUACGUUUACUCGUUGGCUUACGUCAGUCAGAGCAUAGAGGGCCCGAGAAAACUUUGUUGCAGAUUCGGUUAAAUCCCCAAUCACCCGUAAAGUUACCAGCUUUCGUCCGAUAUUCCGUUCUGCGUUGCUUAUAUUCUGUUAUCUUAACCGGGUGGGUAGAAGUGGCCAUCAUUUUUCGAAACAAAACCUUUCUACGAGCGUUCCAUUAGUAAGCGUGCUUCAUUGGUUUUGGUAGACGCGUUUUUUUCUUGUCAAGAUCAAAAGGUGAUCGACUCCUUUUUCUGCAGUCUUAAGUCCUUACUUCUCUUCGUUUCCUAACAAAGGGUUCUCUGGAUUCAAAAAACUUAACGUGUGUCAUUCUCAUUUCGCUCUGCUCAAUUCCUUAUUGCCAGGUUAUGCAAAUACACUCUGAUUUAGCAUGAAGCAUAUGCAAAUUCUGUGAAAAGGUUUUGUUAACUUACGUCCGGAUCGGUACGAUAACAUGGCGUUCUUUUUUAAGUGUGUUUAGCCAAUAAAAGGAUAAAACAUCAAAGACGCUGCUUUUAUAUUGUGCUGGUUGGUCCACUGAGGUAGUAAGUAAUAUGCUAAUUCGAGCAAAUAUCUAAAAUACUGAUUUACUCCCACGAUGCUCAGGAUGAACAGUUGUGUAUAAGGUCAGUGAAAAUCUGCAGAAUCUUGUAAGAAUGAUGAGGUGUUCUUAUAAAAUUGAGUCAGCAUCUGCGAUAAGACCGUAAUUUCAUCCACAGCCAGUAGAUAAAUGGAGGUAAUACGGACCAAUAGUCGAGGCCUUUUGAUUUGUGUAGAGUGAAGAAGAGAUUACGGUCAGAAGGAAGGACGAUUAAUACGGCCGGAUGAGGACUGCGGGAAAGUAUCUUACUCCAAUUACCAUGAUUCCGUCUGGUUACAUGGCUAUGGGCCACGAACUAUUCGGAAAUGUAGCGUCUAAGCCGUGAGAGUGUGCACUCAGAACGCUACAACUCAUCAGGUCAAAUCCCGGAUUGUAAAGAGAAGACAGGAGUCACCAGAAUGGGGGAUUGUCUUCUCAGGUGGCAAUGGCCUCUGGCGAAGCCAGGACUGUUGAUGAUUGCGUCCGCUCAUGCCUCAGAUUUUUUUAGACAGUGGUGGCAGCAUGCUUUUGUAGGUUUGAAGGGCAAUUCGAAGUGCUGCUCAACUGAUGUGGGUGUUGAUUUGUUGAGGGUGGAUGUUCAGGUGGCUUGUGUUGCUUUCACAGGGAGUGGAGUGUUUAACUGGCUAAUUGGGCAGCUGUUAGCAUGUGCGUCGGGUUGAAGUCGGUCGGGGGUUGCAGGUCAGCGCGCCUGGAACAGCUCACUGAAAAUGUGAAUGACCUUGACGCAAUGGGGUCUUGAGUAAGAAUGCCAGGAAUAGCCAUGAUAGCUGUCGGCAACAGACCUUACAAUGUUCUUCAUUGCGCUUAGCUCCUCUUUCAAAAAUCUCAGUGGUUUUCCUCCUUUGCUGCAAGUAGGUUCUUCAACAAUAACGUUCUCUGGCUGACAAAGACUCAAGAGUGUGCCCAAAGUGCAUCUUUGUUUUCCACCGGUGGACAGCGCAGGUUAAAUGCGCAAUACUUGGACUUUUUUCUUCUGCCUUAUAUUUUGCUGUCCUCGCACCUUUGUAAAAGCGCCUGAUGCUUCGACCAGUUUAACCUUCGGUAGGACCCGAACCUAGGAACCGCCCCCUAUACAGCUGAUUUUACGCCGAAGUCCAGGGAGACUAGGAUUAACGUACGGGUCAAGGCUAGGAUCAGGGUUAGGAUUAAGGUGUGGGUUUGGUUAUUUUGUUAGGGUUAGGACAUGGGAAUAAGUACACUUCCUGGAAUUUUGAGCAAGGCCACCUUUAUUAUGGGGGGUUCCUAUUCACGUGUCUUGCCUAACUUCCUACAAACAUUGACUAGACUUUGCUGGAUGCGUAUUCCUCUUAAGGUAUAUAUGUUGAAAUAUCACGAUUAAGAGUUUAAACCGCUAGUGGCUGUCAAAGUAAGAAAGAAUAUUAAGACUUGCCUCUGCCGCAAAUUCACAGGCACCAAGACGUGGAAAGAUUUGAAGUGACACCCGGUGUCCAAAUUUUGUUUUGAACCUGCCACACAGCAGAUUCUGUGUAAAAUUCAUAGUAUAUCCAUUCUAGGGCCUUAUUAGCUGUAAAGUUGCUGGCAGAUUCUCCUGACCUUUUUAAUGCACCCUAUCAUAUUUAUUAGUUCUCAGGUCUAUCAUUUCGCAUACGAGCAGAAAAGUUGAUACGUUCAGUUCAGUCAACGUGACUAUAUUUCUUUCCAAGAACACUACUCCGCGGCUUUUCCAGAGACUGAAAUAGGUCUGGGCAAUAUUGUCGCCUUUAUUAGAGUACUAUGGCCAUUAAACGUUAAGACUACAGAUCUACCACUAAGACGCCGACCCGCUGCCCUUCCGAUUGUGAUCAGGAAUAUUAAGUAUGCUGAACUGAUGUUCUCCGAUUGGGUUAUAUAACGCGCUCAAGUUAUAGCAUUCAAAGCCUAUCUAUGGCAAUCAGAAUGAACAGGAGACCGUGCUGCAAAAUUCGCCGAAAUUCUCGUUGGAAUGAUGAGAUACCUGCGCACGAUGGCUGUCGUGGAAAUAAUGGUUCUCCCGUUCCCGGUUCGGAGAGGGCCCAUGAGUGUCAACGCUCAUAACUCUCCUCCGCAUCGCCGUCUUUGUUGACGUAGUCGUGUGCAUUCCGUCCUUGUUCCGCCUUCGCAUUCACCUUAAUUUUUGCUAUGUACUUGUCAUGCCGAUGCCGACACCUGUCGUAAUCGCUCACGCUCGACCAGCCUUAACACCCUUCUGCAUUCAAGCCUUAUAGUAGAUCUUUCAUGCUCUUUCCGCUCCACUCUCCUCCCUCCCCCCUCCCUGCGUUCAUUUCUAAUGUAUGCUCAGGUCCGGAUACCUUCUGGCUAGGUGCGGGUUUUGUCUAUGUUAUUGUUCGUUCCGAUUUUCUUUUCGUAGUUCCGCUGUCUCAGCUGCAUUCCUGUGGCCUGACAGGCCUUAAAGAGUGCCACGAGGUGGUUACUGGAAGUUAUGCCGGCAUGUCAACUCCCCAGUGAUUCUGUCGUUGAUUAGCCAAUCCUUAAACCCGUGUUCUGGAAUACGAAGGCGUGUCCCGAAGCUGCACAAUAUUACUUACCCAACUUACAACUUCUAGAUGCUCCCCAAGUGUCCACUCACGAGGGUUUCCAGUCACUUACCGGUCCUCCACUGUAUUCUGCUAUGCAAAAGCUGCAUCAAACAUGACAGACGACGUUCGCUGUUCUGAAACGUGUCUGGGGUAGCAGGCCUCGGUCGCAGACAUCGUUCUGUUGCCUUAAUUCUGUGGUGGGCUCUUGUUUCCAACGAUGAGAAACGAGGAGCAACUACUUCGGAUACGUUCCCAGUGUACGGUAGUUGCCACCAGAAUUUCCAGCGCUUAUCUACUGACCUUAUCGUCAGUCAUGACGUUACGCGUUGGAAGGGUACAAAAAAUGAAGAGUCUUACUACUUCAGCAUCGCCGAAUAUUGGUUUGGAUCUCUCAUCGUCAACUAUAGUCGACUUCGACAGUUACAGUGAUUGCGUAGAACCUGGCAUGUCUUGGUGGGCUUCGCACACAUCGUUGUCUUCUGGUCCUGUUUGCCAAUCUACAUUUGCAAAGCGCAGUCGAUUGUUGUCCUUUGUUUUCGUUGCAAACCAAAAGUCAGGAUAAAGGGGGUCUAGAGGUUUUUUAUCGCUUCAAAACGACGAAAUCGUUGUCCACUACCCUGUCAAGCAGUGAUCUCAGCUGGAGGCGCUGUAUAAAUCUCGCCUUCAAUGCUAGAAGGUCGUAUUCUUUUGAAACACCACAACAUUGAACCCGUGAUUUUCGUUAUCGCCUUCUCAAUUUAUGCCUCAGAGGCACAUUCCCUCGGGCAUUCGUAAGCCGACGCCCGGACGGUAAACAGAAAACCCUCCACGAAAGCAAUCCUCCCUUCUACAGUGAACGUCCUUAUGGUUAACGCCAUCUAAAUGCUAAUGGCUUGGAAUUAUCAGCUAUCUCUUCCCUCCCUCGUUUGUUUUCUCUCAUAAACGGUAGAAGCAUUUUUGGAAUCUCGUCUUUUUCGUUUACCUAACAAACGGUGCACCUGUGUCUCAACCUAAUAGUAUUGAUAAACUGCUAGUCAGUAGUAUCCGUCAUGCUUAAUUCAACAUCAGGCGUACAGUGAGUCUUCGGUUAUCUAUGAUGAAAAACUCCAUUGAGGGACAAAUUUGCUAGCAGGAAUGCGCUGGCCCCACUCACAAAUUUCUCCGUUUUCUAAUUCCGGGCUAAAAUUAGCUUAUCCUUGGACGCAGUCUAUCGGGGAAAGGGUCACGAAUUUGACUACGACUGGCUACCAGCAUCAAAUGGUAACGUUCCCCUUCAUAAUCAACGAUUCCCCUCCUUUUUUUAGAUUCCCUCGUCUGUCAGUCACGUCUUGUGGGGCACCCAAAAGCAGUCUGCGAAUACCUCAAUAUUCUGGCUGGUUGUUAACGAAGUUGGCAAUCUUCUGAUAAUCCUCAACGCCUCGAUCAACAUAAUCCCCUACUACAUGUUCAGCCGCAAGUUCAGGGUUAUAUUUAUGCGCAUCUAUUUUUGGUGGGCGCUGGGAUUUAUAAACAAACGGCGGAAACCUAAAGUGACCACAAUUAAACUUCAGCGUUGCAGAAGCCUUCAAACUGAGGCGGGUCAAUCGAAGAACGGAAGAGUUCCUCUUAUGGAGACCAAGUCGGAUGGUUUUUUCAGCGAAAAACUCUGA